AUGUCGGAUAUUCCGACCGAUGAUGCAUUGGCUGUGGUGAAUCCCGGUGUGCCGCCAUGCACUGUAGAGAAGAAGCGAACCAUGCACUGUGGAGUACGUAAGCAAGCUGGCCACAACGCAAGGUUUCAUAAGAAUGACAAGACACCCCAAACCACUGUUGGAUCUUCUCAGGCUGGACCGUAUGGUGAAGCCAGUCACUAUGACUCAUGA